GAGAAAUUACCAAAGAACAGCUCCAAACCCAUGAAGAAAAUUGUCAGAGAACAAAUUCAAAAUUUCUAAAAAACCUACCAGAGAACAGUUCCAAAUCUGGAGAAGAAGUUGCUAGAGAAAGCCCCAAUCCCGAAAAUUACCAGAAAACAGCUUCAAAAUUUCCAAAAAACCUACUAGAAAAGAACUUCAAACCCAGCGAAGAAAAUUACGAAAGAAAAACUCCAAACCUGGAGAAGAAAUUACAAGGGAAAAUCUCCAAACCUGGCAAAGAAACUAGAAAGCUGAAGCUGAAUUAUAUUAAAGUGAAGAAAAUUACCAGAAAAUAUUCUAAAAAACCUACUCCUUACCCACGAAGAAAAUUAUUAGAGAACAACUCCAAACCUAAUUGA